UCCAAGAUGGCGGCCCCAGGAACUAGGAGCGGGUGACCGGCGGCGGGGAAGCGGCCUGGGUUGGCCCUCAGACUGUGGGGUCGCGGGGGCCUCUGGCCGGGCGCCCCCCGGGCCCGACUACCAGGCCUUCCCCGGGCCAGAGCCAUGGCCGCCGAGAACAGCAAGCAGUUUUGGAAGAGAAGCGCCAAGCUGCCGGGGAGUAUCCAGCCCGUGUAUGGAGCACAACACCCUCCUUUGGAUCCUCGACUCAGCAAAAACUUCAUUAAAGAACGGUCCAAAGUGAACACAGUUCCUCUGAAGAACAAGAAGGCUUCCAGUUUUCACGAGUUUGCCCGGAACACCAGCGAUGCUUGGGACAUUGGCGAUGACGAAGAGGAGGACUUUUCCUCACCUUCUUUCCAAACUCUGAACUCAAAAGUUGCUUUGGCAACUGCAGCCCAAGUCCUAGAAAAUCACAGCAAGCUCCGAGUGAAGCCAGAAAGAUCCCAGUCGACAUCGUGUGAGGUCCCCGCCAGCUACAAGGUCCUGAAGUCCAGCAGCGACGCCCAGCUCUCCAGGAAUGCCAGUGACACAUGCCUGAGGAACCCACUCCAUAAGCAGCAGUCACUCCCUCUCCGGCCCAUCAUCCCCCUCGUCGCCCGGAUCUCAGACCAGAAUGCUUCCGGAGCUCCCCCCAUGACAGUCCGAGAGAAAACCCGCCUAGAAAAGUUUCGCCAGCUUCUCUCCAGCCACAACACCGACUUAGAUGAAUUGAGGAAGUGCAGCUGGCCAGGCGUUCCCAGGGAGGUCCGGCCUGUGACCUGGAGACUCCUGUCGGGCUACCUCCCAGCGAACACUGAGAGGCGGAAGCUGACCCUGCAGCGGAAGCGGGAGGAAUAUUUUGGCUUCAUCGAGCAGUAUUAUGACUCUCGAAAUGAGGAGCAUCACCAGGACACCUAUAGACAGAUUCAUAUUGACAUUCCAAGGACGAAUCCUCUCAUUCCGCUGUUCCAGCAGCCGCUCGUACAGGAGAUCUUUGAAAGAAUUCUGUUUAUCUGGGCCAUCCGCCACCCUGCCAGUGGGUACGUCCAGGGAAUUAAUGACCUGGUCACUCCGUUCUUUGUCGUCUUCCUCUCAGAAUAUGUGGAAGAAGAUGUGGAGAACUUUGAUGUGACCAACUUGUCUCAGGACCGGCUGCGAAGCAUCGAGGCUGACAGCUUCUGGUGCAUGAGCAAACUGUUGGAUGGGAUCCAGGAUAACUACACCUUCGCACAGCCAGGGAUCCAGAGGAAGGUCAAGGCACUGGAGGAGCUCGUCAGCCGCAUCGAUGAGCAGGUACACAAUCACUUCAGGAGGUACGAGGUAGAGUACCUGCAGUUCGCCUUCCGGUGGAUGAACAACCUGCUCAUGCGGGAGCUCCCGUUGCGCUGCACCAUUCGCCUGUGGGACACCUACCAGUCUGAGCCAGAAGGCUUCUCCCACUUUCACCUCUACGUGUGCGCAGCCUUCCUGAUCAAGUGGAGGAAGGAGAUCCUGGAUGAGGAGGACUUCCAGGGCCUCCUGAUGCUGCUGCAGAACCUCCCGACCAUCCACUGGGGCAAUGAGGAGAUCGGGCUGCUGCUGGCUGAGGCCUACAGACUCAAGUACAUGUUUGCCGAUGCUCCCAAUCACUACCGCCGAUAGGUGCUGUCUCCCCGGGGCUGGCGCCCCGUCUGGAAGAGGGCGACCUGACUCUGGGAGCCCCUCCUGCUGUACAAAACCCCCCAGCCACCCUGGGCCGAACACUGGUGUCCACCAUGUGGCUGUGUCUCGGCCACUGUCAGUAUUCCACACCGUGUGCCUGGGCCCAGCUCCGGGAGAGGACACAAAAAGAGGUACAGGGUCGUCCCCAUGUUCCAGGAAACGACGAAGAAGGGGCGGCGCAGGGUCCCCACUUCCCUUGUCCCCCCAUGAACUGCUGUCUCUUACCACCAGGCCCCAAGGGAUACGGUCACAUUUUUUUUUUCUUUUCUUUUUUUUUUUUUUUUUUUUAUUUUCUUUUUAAACCAGAAAAACCAACAAAAUGUCUCACAUGCCUAAGACAUGGGAGAAUUAGUCUCUGCUGAGGUUGGUUUUUGUGACUCAGUUCUGCCGGAGCCUGGGUCAGAUAUGCCUUAUGUCUUCAGAAGCCCGGCUGGCGGGACAGUGUGGCAACCCUGCUGCUCUGGGCGGAGGAGGUGCCUCACUCCCGGCUCUGGGAAGAGGCCUGCACCAAGGGCUAGGAAUUUCCUUUCCCUUUCUCACCAGGUACCUGUGUGCGUGUGCUCGGUCGGUCCUCGCAAGUCCCAGUGUCCGUGUCCAGACUGGCCCGACCCGGUGUGACCAAGUGGACAAGUGUCC